GCAUUAAUACAUAAAACGCCAACCGCCUCACGGCCAUCUACAUAACUUCUUUCCUCGUCUUUAUCUCAUAAUAUCGUCCUCGAUCAGCCAUUCUGCCCUUGCAUGAGACUAAUCGAGGUGUAUGCAUAUGUAGCAUUGCGAAUUACCCGUUUGGAGUACAUAAGAGCAUGUACGAAGUUGACCGGUUGUAUUUUGAUGAUAAGCCUGGUGUAACGGAAUCUGCGAUCUUUUAUUUAAGAAGGGUAGAGACCCGACGAGGACUCGGCGGACUCAAUAGUCCCUACAUACAUCCACCGAGGAAUUACGGCGAAUUGAUUACCCCGAGACUUGGUAUUUCACGAUGGCGUCUAGUAACGACGAUGGGAAUGGCGGGAGUGGCGGGAAUGGCACCCAUUCCUUCUCUCCCGAUUCCGCCAGCGAGACGACUCCGCUUCUAGUGGUAUCUCCCGUUGCGACGAUAAGCGGAAGCGAUACGCUUACCGCGGAGGACGGCGAGUCUUAUAGACUUCUCGAUAGGCCUGAGAACAAACCGCUACCGAGGCUUCAGAUCUUCCUGCUCUGUUACGCGCGUCUUGUCGAGCCCAUCGCUUUCUUUUCCAUAUUCCCGUACAUCAACCAGAUGGUACAAGAGAAUGGCCACCUGAGCGAAGAAGACGUAGGUUUCUACGGCGGACUGGUCGAGUCCCUCUUCUCGCUCACGCAGAUGGUCGUAAUGAUGUUCUGGGGGCGAGCAGCCGAUCGCUGGGGCCGCAAACCCGUACUCGUAUCGUCUCUGCUCGGCGUCGCUAUUUCGGUCUCCCUGUUCGGGCUUGCGCGCUCUAUCUGGCAGAUGAUCGUGCUGCGGUGUCUAGCCGGUAUCUUCGCCGGUACCGUCGUCACCAUUCGCACCAUGAUCGCCGAGCACAGCACCCCGCAUACCCAAGCCCGCGCCUUUAGCUGGUUUGCCUUCACUAGCAAUAUCGGCAUCUUCCUCGGUCCUCUCAUCGGCGGCGCGCUCGCGGACCCCGCCCAUCAGUACCCCUGGGCGUUUAGCGGCGUGCCAUUUUUCGAGGAGUACCCUUACGCUUUAUCGUCUAUUGUCGUAGGAUGUAUCGGCUUGACGGCCGUAUUUACCAGCGCGUUGUUCAUCGAAGAGACGUUGGAUCGGAGCAAGGUACCGGGCGCAGACUCUACCGACGGCGAAGCAGGCGCGGCGCACAAACCGGAAUCAACAUCCGCGCUACGUCUCCUCAAAGCCCCUGGCGUCGGCAUCGUGCUAUACAAUUACGGACACGCAAUGCUCCUCGGGUGCGCAUACACUGCAAUUGUCCCCGUAUUCUGGUACACGUCUGUAGAACGCGGCGGCUUUAGUUUUACACCCUUGCAGAUUUCUCUAUGCAUGGGUCUAACCGGAGCAUCUCAAGCGUUAUGGCUUCUCUUAGCAUUCCCGCUCCUGCAGCGUCGAUACGGAACCAACGGUGUUCUACGCGCCUGUGGCAUCGCAUACCCGUUCUUCGUCGGUGUUAUGCCGUUCUUAAAUCUUAUUCUGUAUCAAGGAACUCCCGCCUCCAACGCUGCGUUCUGGAUCGUAGCCCCUAUCGUCCUAGCACUCGGCCCGGGUGUUAGCAUGGCCUUCACGGGGGUUCAGCUUGCGCUAAAUGACGUGUCGCCAUCUCCGGCGACUCUAGGCACGCUCAAUGCCCUGGCGCUGACCAUCACGAGUGGUCUUCGCGCUUUUUCUCCUGUGCUCUUUACCAGUCUGUUUGCUAUUAGCGCCAAGUACGAAUUGGUCUGGGGUUAUCUCGUAUGGCUGAUCGUGACCGUCAUUGCUGCUGCUUUUACCGUCUCGACAAGGUUCUUGCCGGCCGCUAGCGAGAAGGACUACGACCGCGAGGUGCUACUGGAGCGAGAUGCGAAUGACGAUAAUUAAGAUAAAACUACCUAGUAGCGAGGGAACGUCGAAACAGGUUAACGUCGUUAGCGAAUUGGAAUAGUCCCGAGUAGUUGACAAGAGAUUAUAAAAAACUAAAUUCAGAGACCGACCAACCUGACCUAGACGAUUGUGAAGGCCGGUAGAAAUGUGACGCCUCAUGAAAAG